UGCUUUCAUAUGACAUGGUUUAAACCCAAAGAGAAUAAAGAGGAUGAUUCAAUGGAGAUGAAAAACUGCACCAGGGUAAAAGAAUUUAUUUUCCUUGGCCUGACCCAGAAUUGGGAAGCGAGCUGGGUCGUAUUUCUUUUUCUACUCUUGGUGUAUGUGACGACUCUGCUGGGAAACCUCCUCAUCGUGGUUACUGUCACCUGUGAAUCUCGCCUUCACACGCCCAUGUAUUUUUUGCUCCGUAAUUUAUCUAUUGCCGACAUCUGCUUCUCCUCCAUCACAGCGCCCAAGGUUCUGGUGGACCUUCUGUCUGAGAGAAAGACCAUCUCCUUCAAUGGUUGCUUCACUCAGAUGUUUCUCUUCCACCUUAUUGGAGGGGUGGAUGUAUUUUCUCUGUCAGUGAUGGCACUGGAUCGAUAUGUGGCCAUCUCCAAGCCCCUGCAUUAUGCGACCAUCAUGAGUAGAGACCGUUGCAUUGGGUUCAUAGUGGCUGCCUGGGUGGGGGGCUUUGUCCACUCCAUCGUGCAGAUUUCCCUGUUGCUCCCACUCCCUUUCUGUGGACCCGAUGUUCUUGACACUUUCUACUGUGAUGUCCCCCAGGUCCUCAAACUGGCCCAUACAGACAUUUUCGUACUUGAGCUACUAAUGAUUUCCAACAAUGGACUGCUCACCACACUGUGGUUUUUCCUGCUCCUGGUGUCCUACAUGGUCAUAUUAUCAUUACUCAAGUCUCAGGCGGGAGAGGGCAGGAGGAAAGCCAUCUCCACCUGCACCUCCCACAUCACUGUGGUGACCCUGCAUUUCGUGCCCUGCAUCUAUGUCUAUGCCCGGCCCUUCACUGCCCUCCCCACAGAUAAGGCCAUCUCUGUCACCUUCACUAUCAUCUCCCCUCUGCUCAACCCCUUGAUCUACACUCUGAGAAACCAUGAGAUGAAGUCAGCCAUGAGGAGACUGAAGAGAAGACUGUGACCUUCUGAUAGGAAAUAGACCAGUACUUCCCUCCUUC